GGCAAGAGAAGCGUCGCGGAAGAAAGAGAGCGGCUGCUGCUUUUUCCUCGGGGAAAGGUGGUGAAAAUGGCUGAAAAUGGAGACAGUGAAAAUAUGUCUGACUUGGAAAGCAAGGUCUGUCAGCAAAUUGAGUAUUACUUUGGUGAUCACAACUUACCACGAGACAGGUUUCUCCAGGAGAAGAUCAAACUGGAUGAUGGUUGGGUGACUUUAGAUACAAUAAUCAAAUUCAACAGGUUAAAUCGCCUUACAAAAGACUUUGAUGUAAUAGUCGGAGCAUUAAGAAAAUCAAAGUCUGAGCUUAUGGAAGUCAGUGAAGACAAAACUAAAAUCCGAAGAUCUCCAAACAAACCUUUGCCUGAAGUAACUGAACAAUACAAGAAUGCAGUGAAGAUCAGAUCUGUAUAUAUUAAAGGCUUUCCACUAGAUGCAUCCCUUGAUGACAUCAAAGAAUGGCUAGAUAGUAAAGGCAAAGUAGAAAAUAUUCAGAUGAGGAGAACACUCCAGAAGAAGUUUAAGGGAUCAGUAUUUGCAGUAUUUGAUAGCGCCGAAUCUGCGAAGGAGUUUGUAGAGACGCCAAACCAAAAAUACAGCGACACAGAACUCAUUGUGCUUCUCAAGGAUGAUUACAUUGCAAAGAAGAAUGACGAGAGAAAACGGAACAAAUUGGAAGCUAAAGCCAAGGCCAAACAGGAGAAGGAAGAGAAACAGAAGCAAGCAGAAGAUGCGGAAAUGAAAUCUCUGGAAGAGAAGCAGGGGUGCUUGCUGAAGUUCUUUGGAGACUUAGAAGAUCAGACGUGCCGAGAAGACCUCCAUGCAGUUUUUUCUGACCAUGGUGAAAUCAAAUGGAUAGACUUUGUCAGAGGUGCAAAAGAGGGAAUCAUUCUCUUCAAGAGUAGUGCAAAAGAAGCACUGGAUAAAGCCAAAGAAGCAAAUAAUGGGAGUCUGGAACUGCGAGGCAAAGAUGUUACAUGGGAGGUGCUUGAAGGAGACGCGGCAAGGGAAGCACUGAAGAAAAUCAUGGAAGGGCAGCAAGAAUUGUUAAAUAAAAAGAAAGGAAAAGGUCGCAAAGGUAAAGGAAAAGGUGGUAAGGGACCUCAAAGUGCACAGGACAGAAAAGUGAAAUUCCAAGGCAAGAAAACAAAAUUUGAGAGUGAAGACGAGGAGGAGGGCGAGAACAAUGACAAUGGUACAUCAGGGCCAGCAAGUCCCAAGAAGAGGCCACUUGAAGAGGCUGAGCAAGAAGAGCCUGCCGCAAAACAGCUAAAAACAGAAAAUGGAGCUGGAGCUGGGGUCUAGUACUUCAGAAUGCAUUUAAAGGUUUUUUAUUAUUAUUAUUUUAAAUACAUUUUAAGUCAUUCCUCCAUUCAUCUUUUUUCACCAGAGAAUCUAAUAAAAUCAACUUCAAUGUCCACCUAUAAAGGCAAAGAAGAAAAUUACGUUUUUGAGAUUCUUUCCUUGGUAUGCUUGCUUAUUUUAACAUGCAAUUUUUAAACAGUUUUACAAAGGAAAGGCUCAAGAAACUGAACUACCCUAAUUCAAUUGUGUACAAAAGUUGUAUUUAGUGUAUACCAAAUAAAUCUAAGCAUCUUGAGUGUUAGAAUUCAAAAAACUAUUGUGUUAAGAUUUCAGAAGUGGAACAAUAGUUGUAUCAAAUUGUAUCAUCACCUUGAGUUUCAUGGAAGAAAAGUGGGCUAUAGAUGAAAUAAAUAAAACAACUAUGUACAGUUAUCCUAUUCGUAUGAUUCAGUUUUGAAUUGUUGUCCAAUGCUUUCUUAGAAUAUCCUCAAAACGUUAUCUGCUUUUCCUUUGUAGUAUGAUGAUGGAAGAUGUCUGUCUUUGUCUGUAGUAGCCUUCCCCAAACAUGUGGCCUCAAGAUGUGUUGGGUUACAACUCCUGUGCUGUCUGGGAGUUGUAGUACAACACAGCUGGAGGGCACCAGGUUGAAGGAGGCUGUCUAUGGAGAAACAACUUGGUUUUUUUUCAUUAGUAAAGGGGCUUAGUGUAAUACUUUGCAUUAUUGGAAAUACUAAAGUAUCUCAGCACUAGCUUCCUUAUGACUUAAAAUUCAUGCAUACCUGCUCUUCAUGUAACAAAGUCUAAAAUGGUGGAAUGGAUAUAUAUGUGUCAAAGGAUUGAUGGAAGUACUAGAGUAUUUUGUAGUUACCACUUAUUUAAGCUCUCAAAUAUGACUCUGCCCUGCCCAUAGUUGUUGCUUCAGAUACUGAAGCAGAAUGCAUGGAAUCCAAAAGACGAUACCAAUGAAUGAAUGUACUAGAACUUUCGUUGCUAUAAAGGUGAUGGUAUUGAGAUGCAGCAUGCCCCUCAAUACUAGUUGCUGGGAAACACAAAUUGGAGGGUGCUAUUACAUGCCUGUCCUUGUGGAUUUCACACAGGCAGCUGGUUGGCCUCUGUGGGAACAGAAUUCUGGAUGAGAUAGGCCUUUACUCUGAUCCAGUACAACUCCUAUGUCUCACUCUCAAGUUUUUAUUGUUUAUACCCAAUGGCCAUCACAAUACAAAUGUAUCUCUUUGCAUACAUGAUCUUCAAGUGGCCAUUUAUGAAAAAUGAGACACUGAGCUUCUAGUUUUCAUGGAGGAUAAGGCUAUCAGUGGCAAGUAGAUUACCCUCAGUAUCGGAGGAAAUAUGCCAGUUGCUCAGGAUCACCAGCAGGAGGGUGCUAAAUGGUACCCAUGCUCUGCUUGUGAGCUUCCCAUCAGCAUCUGUUCACUGUGUGAACAGAAUGCUGAACUCAAAAGGCCUUUGAUGUGAUCCAGCAGAAUGGGACCUAACUUCUGUGCAAGUUAGUGGUUCUUGGGGCAGAAGAGAUUAAAGACUACAACCCUACACCAUAUUCAAAUGUGUCCUUAGAAACUUGGGUUUGUUUGUUUGAAAAACCCUUAAAGUUGAUACUUAGAAUUCUGUAUUCUGUUCCCAGCACCAUUGUAUGUGCUUGUGCAGGACAAUCAUGGAAUAGACAUAGCUCUGGUUAAAAACAUUCUUAUAGGUCAUUAUUAGCAUGCAGUUCCGUUUUAAGCUACAAAUACAUAUUUUUGCUUUGGAGUAAAAGUGGCUUAAUACUUACAGAUUUCCUCUUGUGAAAUUUGUAUGAUGCUGGUAGAUCAUACCUCAGUUCUAAAAAUGAAGUGAAUAAAAUUUGUUAAGCUGUAAUUGAUGCAUGAUACCAUUAAUGUGUGUAUCAGGCAAUUGUGUCUCUAAGGUACAACUGUGUCUCUAAGCUACAAAUUCAUUGGGGUAGUGAUGAAGCAAAACAAGUUGAUUGGAAAUAUGACGUCCAGGAAGAGAAUACAAGUUUACACAGACUAAACACAUUUUGGAUAUGGGAACAUUUAUAUUAUAAAUAAAAUAAAUACUGGGCUACUGUAGAUUGAGGACAUGACUUGUUUACAGUUCAGGGUAAAUCUGUCUUGUUAAACAGCAGUAAUUCAAUUGGAUCAACUUCUAAAAUAAGUAUACUUCAAAAUAUUUAUUAUCGUCUGCCCCUACGACAUACACAAUCAAGCUAAUAAUUUGGAUGACAACUCCCAGCAUUUCUGACAGCCUUGCUGUCUGGGGCUGACGGAGGUUGAAGUCCAAAACAACUGGAAGGUACUAGGUUGGGGAAGGCUGAUGUAGCUGUUUCAAAAUGACAUUCAGAAUAGCUUUGUGAUCAAAGUUUUAAAAGGCUCAAGGAAACAUUUGCUACGAGACAACAUGCACGUUAAGCUAGAUCUGUUCUCAGGGUAGACCACAUAACAGCUGUUUUUGCUUAUCUUUAGUAAAUACAUAUUAUAUGUUGUUCCUCAGUAGUUUGUAUGAUUCCCAAGCAGCCUCUCAUUUAGACAAUUUACAGGGCCAAACCUGCAGUACAGGAACUGUAUCAUGUGCCUUCAGGCUGACCUGAACUUUAUCAACUAGUUCUUACCUGCUAAAACUUCCAUCUUCACUUUCCAUUCAUCUGCUUUCUUCUGAAUAUGCUGAGCAUUGAAGAAAUGCAAAGUAUUUAGUGGUCAUAUUAAUACUGGUAAAAGUGUGCCUAAUCUCUUUAGAACUGAAGCAAUAGUAGAUGUAGUCCCCCCCCCCCCUCCAAGCUUUUACAAUAGGACUGCUUCUAUCAUAAACGAAAGGCAACAAACAUUUAGACUACUCCAGCAUAGCUGACUGUGACAUUAUGUUCCCAUGCUGUGAAUUUCACGCUGUAGAGUGCCCAUGAAUUCUGACCCUAUUGCUCCUCUUAAUAAGGUGCAAAAGCACAAACUUGCUAGAGACGUACUUGUCGGGUUGACGUUUUGUGUAAGGAAUAUACCGCUGUUCUUGCCAUCUGCAGUGCUGUGCUGAGAAAAGCCAUAUCCAUACCUAUGAAAAUAAAGACUGUUUUAGUUUGAA